CAUCACUGACAUAAUUUCCAAAGAUGUUUUCGAGGAAAUGCUCAAGCAUCGCAACGAUCCUAAAUGCGAGGGCGAUGGGUUCUAUUCCUAUGAUGCUUUCGUUGAAGUUGCUCGCUCUUUUGAUGGCUUUGGUACAACCGGAGAUGAGACUAUUCGUAAAAGGGAGUUGGCAGCUUUCUUCGGCCAAACUUCUCACGAGACCCGCGGAGUAUGGGACGACGAUGCACCUGAUGAUCCACAUGCAUGGGGAUAUUGUUACGUAAGAGAAGUUGAUCCAUCUGAUUCCUAUUGUUCUCAUGAUCAUCCUGAAUGGCCUUGCGAUCCCGAUCAAGAAUAUUACGGUCGAGGACCCAUCCAACUCACUUAUAACUACAACUACGGACCAGCUGGUGAAGCAUUGGACGUUGAUUUGCUAAGCCAUCCCGAUUUGGUAGCCAUCGAUCCAAUCAUAUCGUUCAAGACAGCCAUUUGGUUUUGGAUGACACCGCAUGGAGACAAACCAUCAAUUCAUGAUGUUAUUACCGAUCAAUGGCACCCAUCAGAUGAUGAUAUAGACGCUGGAAGAGUUCCUGGCUAUGGUCUCAUCACCAACAUCAUCAAUGGUGAUCAUGAAUGUGGAUUUCCUGGUCCCAAUCCUAAUGUCGAAGAUAGAAUUGAAUUUUAUAAAAGGUAUUGUGACAUAUUGGAUAUCGAGUAUGGGGAACACCUGGAUUGUUAUGAUCAAGAACCUUUUAAUUUGAGUGUAAAAUUAUCUUAUCAAAUGUAAUAAAGACAUUAUAUACUUCUAUCUCCAACUAUGAGAGGUAGAUAUAUAAUGUGUAAUAUUAGAGGUGUUUUGCUUUCUUGAUCCAUGUAAAGAAAAGCAAAACAUUUGUUUUCAUGUUUUAUGUACGAUGUAAUAAAGAGGGCAACAUAAAUAAAAAUUAACGUGUUUUACCCAUGCUUUAA